UUGACAAUACACAGUUGAUUACUUUUGACAGCGUCAAAGCUCGAAACUGGGCAAAAUCAAAAAAUGCUAAUAAUAAUGUAAUUUAUUAUUACGUUUCAAAUACGGCAAAAUGAACCAGGACGAUAUAAAAUCUGUUGUACAGGAAAAGUUUCUGUCUAGUGAACGAGUUACGGCGUUCCUGAGCGAUGCUAAAGUACUUUAUCCUGAAAGGGUAAUGAAAGACAGACUGUUGGCGAUUGUUGAAUUUGGAGAUGAAAAAGCUGUUUUUUGUUUAUUUACAUCAUGUUACCCACCGAAAUCCUUCACGGAUUUAUCCAUAGAAAUAGUUUUGCCCAUCGACAAUAGUUUCAAAUGUGAAAUCGACAACAAACCGACUGAUCCCGAAGCAGUAUUGUACCUGAACCUUCAAUCUCGCAACAGUAAGUUCAAAUUCGAAAUACAAAUAACUCCACGAGUUGACAAUUUUGUUGAUGAUCUGUUCAGAGGUAUAGAUGCAGUGAACAAAGUCCCCACACAACCAGAAUUUGUAUGGUUAAAAAAAUAUAAAGGAAAGAGUGAAGAGGAUAUAUUUGCUCAUACCAUGGUUGUAGAAAGGUCUGGAGUAGCCCAUACUCAAAGCUCGGCUCCUGUUGCAUUCAGAGAAAGCCUAAUAAAGCAUAAAAUGGCAGACAAAGAGAUGGAAUAUACAUUUUGCAAAAGAUUUACAAUUUUUUGUGGUACAUGGAAUGUCAAUGAUAAACCUCCAGUUAUUCCUCUCAAAGAGUGGCUUAAUGUAGACAAAGAGCCCCCUGAUAUUUAUGCUGUUGGAUUUCAAGAAUUAGAUUUGUCAAAAGAGACUUUUCUCUUUGACCAGACUGUUAGAGAAGAUGAGUGGUACCAUGCUGUGCUGAACUAUGUUGACCCUCGAGCUAAAUAUGUAAAGUUGGAAAAAGUGAGACUGGUUGGAAUGAUGCUAAUAGUUCUAAUAAAAGCCAAACAUGUGUCUCAUGUGAGUAAUGUCAUCUGUGAUACUGUAGGCACUGGGAUAAUGGGGAAAAUGGGCAACAAAGGAGGAGUAUCCAUAAGGUUUGAUAUUCACAAUACUUCUAUAUGUUUUGUGAACUCUCAUCUUGCAGCCCAUGUUGAAGAAUAUGAGAGGAGGAAUCAAGAUUUUCGAGAUAUAUGUAAUAGAACAAGAUUUGCACAACCAAAUCAACUGCCUAAAACAAUAAAAGACCAUGACCAUAUUUAUUGGUUAGGUGACCUGAACUAUAGGAUUACAGAACUGGAUCCUAGUACUGUCAAGCGAAUGGUUAGUGAACAUAAUUUUGGACCAGUACUAGAGUGGGAUCAGUUAAAACAGCAACAUAAAAUAGAUAAUGUAUUUUCUGGAUACCUUGAGGGUCCUAUUAACUUUAAGCCUACUUACAAAUAUGAUCCUGGUACAGACAAUUGGGAUUCCAGUGAGAAAAACAGAGCCCCUGCAUGGUGUGACAGGAUAUUCUGGAAAGGAAAGGAAAUUACACAGUUGGCGUACAGAAGUCAUCCUUCUCUUAAUAUUAGUGACCACAAACCAGUCUCGGCUGUUUUUAGUUCGUACAUUAAAAUAAUAGAUGAGGAAAAGUACAGAAAAGUCUAUGAAGAAGUAAUUAAACACUUAGACAAAAUGGAAAAUGAAUUGAUACCACAAGUAAAAGUUGACAGAACUGAAAUUGAUUUUGGUACAGUUAGGUACCUUGAACUGCAAGUUCAAACCAUCACUAUAAGGAAUACUGGUAAACUACCUGUAGAAUUUGAAUUCAUAAAGAAAUUGGAUGAUACAAGUUUCUGUAAAGAGUGGCUCAUAGUAGAACCCUACAAAAAAAGUAUAUGUGCUGAUGAAGUUUGCGAGAUUCAUCUGAAAGUACUCAUAAAUAAGACUUCAGCUUGCAAAAUGAAUGCUGGUACAGACAAACUCUAUGAUAUCCUUGUGCUCCAUCUUUAUGGAGGCAAAGAUAUUUUCAUAACUGUAAAUGGAACAUACCAGAGGAGCUGUUUUGGAUGCUCCAUAGAAGUGCUAGUGAACUUGAAUGUGCCAAUCAAAGAAGUAGCUGUUGGCAAACUGAUUGAAUUAGAGAAUAAGAGAGAUCAAACUGUAUCACAACAGUCCACAUAUUCUAUACCAAAGGAAAUUUGGUUCUUGGUAGACCAUAUUUACUUACAUGGCCUUAAAGAGCCCAAUUUGUUUGAGCAACCUGGCUUACACUCUGAAAUUUUGCAAAUUAGAGAUUGGUUAGACAGCGGCUCUAUAGAUCCUAUCCCUGGGAGCAUUCACUCAGUAGCUGAAGCCCUCUUACUUUUGCUAGAGAGUACAGUAGAUCCAAUUAUUCCAUAUAAUCUUCAAUCGGUGUGUCUGAGAGCUUCAGCAAAUUAUCUUCAAUGCAAACAGAUUGUCAUGGAAUUGCCUGAAUUCAGGAAGAAUGUCUUUUUGUACUUAUGUGAGUUCUUGCAGGAAGCUUUGCAGCAUAGUGCAGAAAAUGGCUUGGAUGCGAAAACUUUAUCAACACUGUUUGGUUCUAUAUUUUUACGUGACAAUCCAAAUAAUAGUCACGAGCCUCAGACAAGAAUAAAUAAACAAGUCGUUGACAAGAAAAAGGCCCAAUUUGUUUACCAUUUCUUAAUAAAUGAUCAUAGUGAUCUGAUAUUCUCAAGAUAAAGCAUUUUGUUCAGAUGUGCGCUUUUAGAUACUACAUUUUACAAAGUGAGUAGUACCCAGGGUAGUGAUUGAAAUAAAUUGUAUUUCUGUUAUGAAAUUGAAUUAAUCAAAGUGAUGUAAUCCUGCCAUAUUGAUGGACUUAUGUUUUUAUGUAAAUUAAAAAGCUGGCUUAUAAAUAUGUCUCCACACAAUCCCAGUUUGCUUAGUACUUUACAUGUACUGAACUUAUGAUAGCUGACUGAAUUGACAUUCACCUGUAUUGUGGGCUAGAUUACUUUAUGUGUACUUUUGUUUUCACAUUGUUACUUAAAAAUUGAAGCUGUGCACAUGUUGUCAUUUCUACAUCAAAUAUUUAAACAUGUAAGUUCCUUGUUAUUUCUCAGUGCCUAAUUCACAAUUGUAAACUUAAAUAGUUACUUAAUCUAUUAAUUAAUACACAGGACUAGGAUUUUAUCUAUAAAACGAAAUAAUCCACUUGGAACCUGAUAGAUACUACAAUUUGAUUUUAUAAAAAUGUAAAAUUAGGUUCUAUUCAUUAAGAAAACAGCCCCUUCCUCUGUAUUUUUUUAAAUACUCUAAAAUUAAUUUUUUUACUUUGAAAUUGUUUUAGAUCAUAAACGCUCUAGUUAUGUCAUCACAUUUAUAUAUUUAAGUAAUUUAACGAAGGGUGAAUUGCUAUUUGGUUUAAGAGACAUUUUUGCAACUUUACAUUAGAGCCAUUUAAAGUUUAAAAUUUGGAAAAAAUAUAACAAAAAACUUAUUCCGCUAUUUGAAUAGAAUAAAUUUAAUUGAAGCUAUACAAAGCUGCUGAUACAUCCAACUGCUAAUGCUAAUACCAAACAAAACGCACCUUUAAUUACAAAGAUAAUUAAUGCCGCAUUACGCGAAUGUCACUAUAACCAAAUAGCUUUGGUUUCGCCUUUCGUUAUAAUGAAACUCAUUCCUAAAUUUUUUUACUAGACUUGUUCGAGCUCUCUUCUCUCGUUCGUCAUUCGUGUGUAGAACGUUCAAACUUAUCGUUAAAGAUACGUUACCGAUGCUUGAAAAUUAAACACACAAAUUAAUACAAUUGAAUACUUGAAGAAAUCGUACUUAUUAAAAUUAAUCGUGAAAUUGAAAUUGAAAAUGAAAAGUUUUGGAGAGAUAAAUGAAAUCUGCUUGUUUUAAAUAACUGCAAGUGAUUUGUUGGAGAAUGGAUUCUCUGUCCCUUUCUCGCAAUGUAACGGUAGGAUUUGAUGGACAGAAGCAUUAACGUUAUUAUUUAGUAUAGUGUCCUCUCUUUUUAGCAUGAGAUAAAAACAAAACUUUUUUUAUAUUUGAAAAAGUUGUUAAUUGCAAUUCAAUUGCCUGCGUUUAUUUUUGGUUAAUUUCAUAAAUAAUUUAAAAAAUGGCUCAGUUCAAAGCCGUAUUGCGCUAUGCAAAAAAUGCCAUCGUACAUUUUUUCACUAAAAACUCGCCUUAUGGAUUUUUUUAAGAUUCUAAUUUUGUGCUAAAUAUUUUAUUUGGUUUUAACCCUCACAACUCAUCUGAAUAAUAGUAACAUAACAUCUAAAAAUUUGACCAUUGAAUCUAUCGGUUCUCACGAUUCUAGCGAUAGUUUUAUAUAUUAUUAAUCACAAUUAUUUAUCACAACAUAAUUUUAGUAGCCAAAUAUGACGAACAAUCAAUGUUGUAAACGAAUAUUACUUUGUGAUAUUAUUAUUAAAAUGUGUGAAUGCGAAUAAGCUUCAAUUAAAAAGGUCUCUUUUAAUUUGCUAUUUAUUUGUGUAUAAAUUAAAAUAAAAUAGUUACUCACUGUGUUUGUAACAAAUUAUGAUAAAUGAGUUUAUGAAUACGAUUACGUAUCUUCAAAUGUAUGUGUAUUUCUGUAACUAAAAUGUAACUGUUAAUUUAUUAAAUUAUUAUUUAAA